AUGGAUUCUCCAAAGCGUUCUUGGUCGUUGUCGACGCUGCCACCGGAGUUAAUAGAAGAAAUACUCUACAGGGCUCCGCCUGAAUCUCUGAUCCGAGCAAAACCGACGUGCAAGCAAUGGUACUCGCUCAUCACCAGCAAGAGAUUCAUCUACAAUCACCUCGAUCGCUCCCGCAAAAGAUUCAUAAGAACCGUUGGUACGGUGCAAGUCUUGGAUCCGGUGACAAGAACACGCUCAGAGACACCACUCCCAAAAGAGUUCCAACGUCCAUAUGGUGUAAGAACGAUGGUUCACUGCGAUGGGCUCUUGCUGUGUACGUGUGGUUACUUUAAUUACAGAAACACCAACCUCGCGAUUUGGAAUCCCGUUUUGAAGAAAAUCACAUGGAUCAAACCCUCGACGUGUUUCACAACUUCUGAUUACUACGGGAUUGGAUACGACAUCAAGAAGCCUCGUUAUGAGUACAAGAUCCUGAGGUUUACUGAUCACCGCUAUGAUCAUAAUGUUACGUAUGAUGAAGAUGGACCGGAGGUUGAGGUAUACGAGUGCAAGACUAACUCCUGGAGAACUCUUGACACCGAGGUUGAUUGGCAAGUAGACCUCUCGUGCAAAGGUGCGGCUGUGAUGGGGAACAUGUACUGGGUUGCUUGUAACCAUGGUGAACAAUAUAUUCUAGGUUUCGAUUUCUCCGUUGAGAGAUUCAAGGACGUAUGCUUUUGUCCUCCUCCCGCUUUCAAUAAUUAUCUAGCUUGUUACAAUGGAGAUAGAUUGUCUUUGCUACAGCAAGAUGAAGAAGAGCCAUGGGAUAUUGUGGUGUGGGUUACAAACAAGUUGGCUGAUGUGGAUGUCUCGUUCACCAAGUAUUUCAGUGUGUCCCGACCAGAUGUUCCGGCGUUACUGGACCAUACUGAUAUGGCUAAUCCGGUAUACUUCAUUGGCAAGCAGAAGCGUAUCAUAGCAUGGUGCGAGCGAGAGGUAUUUGGAGGUGAUGAUGAGAUUCCUCCUACUUGCAUCAUUUUCAAUGAAAUCGAUGAGGGUGGGGUAAGAACACAUCUUGAGACAGAACGACACUGCAGGUAUGGCUAUUUUGGGACUUUCUUUUGUGGCUAUGUGUACGUUCCAAGUCUGGUCCCUCUUCCUGUGUAA